AUGAUCAAUUGGGAUUUUCUCAAUUCAUCUCACAAAGGAACACAAGAAUUUCAUGUGAGUGAUCAUUGGGGAAAAGAGAACGAGAUGAAGGGACUGUGGGAUUUUUAUGUACAAAGAAUUCCUCACGAGAAGAAACUUGUAGCCUCGGAGUUUUCCAAUAAUCUUCACCGAGACACUUUUAGCCUCUUGUUCCCCACUUAUUCCAUUUUCUUUAUGACAGUGGCCAUGUUAUUCUUUUUACAGGUUCGUUUCUUUAAGGUUAUGGUGCUCAUCGUAUAUGCAUUCUGCUCCAUGAGAGCUCACCCACUAAGCUUUCCUUCUUCACACGCUGCAACAAGUUUAACAGCAUCAUGCAAUUAUUCUUGUAAGGAGUAA